UGAGUCUCCGAAAGGGGUUGGUCCAACAUAGCCGAAUCAGAGAGACACACAGAGCCAGCACCGUUGAGAUCGCACACAGCUCUCGAGUUCCGUCAGAGUUUCGUUGUCGAGACUCCGGCGGCCGCGAGCGAUGGAGCUCACAGUGAAAUUCCUCUGCGCGCUCGUCUUUUUUUUGGUCACGUUCUACUUCUCAGAGGUUCUGGUGCAAGCUCCAUCCCUAGACGACAAGUAUUGCCCCCCAGGGAAAUAUAGUGCCAAGACUGGUGUGUGCUGCAAUAUGUGUACGGCAGGGAAGUUUGUCAUAAGUGAGUGCACAUCCAGCGGUGAAGAUUCAGUUUGCGGUUCCUGCGUGGAGGGUGAAACGUUCACGGAAGAACAUAACCACUUAGCAGACUGCCACGAUUGCAGCUCCUGCAGUGAUGGUGAAGAGGAGGUGCUUCCUUGUAAAAGCACACGUAACACUGUUUGCCAAUGUAAGGAAGGCUAUUACAGAUCUACAUACUCAGAGAAGUGUGAAAAGACAAUGCCAGGACCAGGUUGGAUGGUCGUUGGUCUAAUUAUUACAUUGAUUUUGAUCAUUAUUUCUUUAAUUCUCUUAUUGUGUUAUUUUUAUCGAAAAUGGAGAGGCAAAGUUUCAAAUGGUAGGGAUUAUACAGGAGUCUCUCUGAUUGAUGAACUUUUCUAUGAUGGACACUGGACGUCUAGACAGAAACUGAUUUACAGGAACAGAAAAAUGCUGCAGAGCUGCAUUGGCAAAAACCCUCAACACCUCCUCGAUGAACUGGACAUCCAAGGGACCAUCUCUCACAGCGUCUACCGAGAGGUCCAGUGCACUCGCACCGUCUCUGACCGUGCGGCAAAUCUGAUCCAACAUUUUCUGAACGACGGCGAGACGGCCUGCCAGAACCUCUUAGACGGCCUCCACGCAACCGGAGACAAGUAUCCGGGCCUUGCGGACUGGCUGGUCUCCCUCGAACGUAAAUCCAUUGUGGUCGUUGAAGGAAGAAAUAUGCGUCUCGUCCGCAGAAAUAAACUUAAUCUGAAGCUGUGGAUCAGCGACGACCCAGACUCCCUCCUAGAGGAGCUGGAGAGAAAAUUGAUCAUUCGGAAGGAAGUCUCCGACGAGGCCAAAAAUCAGCGCAAUUCUUUAGAAGCCACCGGGUUCCUACUCGACCACAUUGUUAGCUGUGGGGAGGAGAGGUGUCGGGAAUUCCUCGAUGUGCUUAAAACCAUACUCAGGUAUCCAAAAGUUAACAAAUGGAUGAGCAUCCUCGAAAUGAAGGCAGAUCUUUACAGAGAAGAGAAUAGUUUGCACCAAGUUGAGAAGGCGAGGAUUGUGGUCGUUGACGGCAAUGCGCUAUACAUGAUCCGUGGUAAAAAGCCUGAACUAAAGAAGUGGAUUGGCAGUACGAGCUCCUCAGUUACUUUACUGGACAAGCUGAAGACGAGGCGACACAUCUCAGAGCACGUCCACUCUAAAGCCGCGGGGAUGGUCACAACGGAUCAAGCCGGAUUCCUGCUCGAUCACUUCAUCGAUGGAGGAGAGAGGAAGUGUCAUAGCCUGUUGGAGACACUCCAGGAGCUCAGAGAGCACUACCCACAAGUUGACAAGUGGCUGGAUUCACUUGAAAACAACUCGCAGAUCGUGGUUGUGAAAGAGGGGACGAGAGAGAUAAUCACCAGGAGCCACGAUGAUCUGAAACAGUGGAUCGCCAAGGACCCCUGGGUCCUGCUGGAUGAGCUGGACAGCAAGUGGUACAUCCAGCGGCACGUCUACAACACGGCCAGAGACAUCAAGGACAAGGGCGAGUGUGCCGCCUUCAUUCUCGAGCACUUCAUCAGCGGAGAUGAGGAAUACCAGAAGCUGCUGGUAGCUCUGAAAGCCGUGCAUCGACAUUACGAUGAUGCACUACGUACUUGGCUAAGCUCUCUAGGACUUACAAGGGAAACCAACAGCACCAAUCCCCCAGAAAAAAAAAUCGUGGUCGUGCCUGGGAACGCUGAGCACGUGAUCCGCGGCAAUAAGCCCGAUCUGAAGAAGUGGGUCGCCAGCUCCUCAUCUACUUUGCUGGACGAGCUGACGAGGAGGGGACACAUCGCAGGGCACGUCUAUUCCAAAGCCACGAGGAUGGCCGCAAUGGAACAGGCUGGCUUCCUGCUCGACCACUUCAUCGACGGAGGAGAGAGGAAGUGUCAAAAGUUGCUGGAGACACUCCAGGAGCUCAAGGACAAAUUCCCCGAGAUCAAGCAGUGGCUCAGCUCUCUCGAAAAUAAGGCAGCAAUUGUGAUUGUGGAGGAGGGAACGCGAGAGAGAAUCAUCACCAGCCGUGAGGAUCUAAAGAAGUGGAUCACCAAGGACCCUUGGGUCCUGCUGGACGAGCUGGACAGCAAGUGGUACAUCCAGCGGCAUGUCUACAACACGGCCAGAGACAUCAAGGACAAGGGCGAGUGCGCCGCCUUCAUACUCGAGCACUUCAUCAGCGGAGAGGAGGAAUUCCAGAAGCUGCUGGUAGCUCUGAAGGCCGUGCAGAAACAAUACGAUCAAGGGCUACGCAAGUGGCUAAAAGCGCUGGGGCUUCCAUUUUCACCAGGUUCUCCAAUUUCGCACGAUGAACCUCUGGCAAAUCCAGCAAGUUGUUAUCAUGAGCCUGCGUUUCAUUUUUAAUGACAAAGAAUCCUUCAAUAGCACUACAAUUACCCACUCGUUCACAAGACCCCAGUGAAGACCAAAAGAGAGUUUCCACGGCUGAUGAAUCAUCAUAAUUGAUCUGCGCAGCCAUGAUCUGCGCACUUGUAGGUGAAGGACUUUCCAAUCCAUAGCUACAUCUCAUGAUUUCGCAAUUCAACAACCCAUGAGGCUGACGCUUACGAGUUGAAUUCAUCAUUCCGUCUCCACCAUUAACUUCGACCGCUGACUAACAUAUCUUUCCACAAAGGCUCCAUAUUCCAAGCGCACUUUAUUAACCCUCUCCAGGGCGCUACGGUGGCUGGGAGAUGUACCUCGCCUUGUAUACAAUAGGUUGUUGGCUUUAUGGCGACCCUGACGCCUGUGUAAAACUAAAAACUACUUUUUUUUUACCAGCUAAGGCCCACAGAGCUAUUUAUCUCUUUUUUUAGAAGCAACCUGGCUAUAACAAAUGAUGGCCCAACGAAAUGGUUUAUCACAUGAAGAUUUACAGCAGCCAAAAACUUUAAACGCAUGCUUAUAAAUGUGGAGGAGAGAGAAACAUUCAAACUCCAAAUAUACUGUAUAUACUGUAUAUUUUCAGUUUGUGUGUUCUCCCCGAGGUCUCGUGGAUUUUCCUCCGAGUCCUCCGGUUUUCCUCUCCACAUUUUGAAUCAACGUCACACGUUUAAAGUAUUUCGCUGCUUUACAUUUCCAUGUGAUAAUCUACUUCGUCGAGUGAUUAUUGGUGACCAGGUUGCUUCUAAAAAGAGCUGUACAGCUCAGUGGCACUUACCUGAUAUCAUACAUUUUUUAAAUAAAUAGUUACAUUUGUAUUUCUUUGCACACCUUUCAAAUAUUGUUACAUUUCCAAGAUCAACCAUCCAUUUUUCUUAUCCAUAUGGCAAAGUAGGUAAUCUAUUAUAUAUUGUUGCCUCUAUUAUAACCUCCAACAGAUCAACAUAUUGUUUUGCAUUAAUGCUUUGUUUUCUCUAAACGUCCCCAGCAGAUGUACCGCGUAAAUAACGUGCAUUUGCAAUUAACGUCGUCAAUUUAAAGUCCUGAUCUUUAUUUGUCUUUACCGCAACAACGUACAGCCCACCUUUGUACUAGUAUGGAAAUUCAGACAAUGGACAGCAAUACCACCACUGCGAUUGGCUAUGCCGACGCCACGCAAACUCAAUCAUAUCGAGCUGUGACGUAACGUCACACUACAGUGAUGUAUGCUGGUUUGACUGAUAAAGUCUGCACGCAAUUGCCUUUGAAAUAAUUUGAUAAAGUUGCUUCUGUAUUCACAUUUCCAGAGGAAAUAAAUGUAAAACCAUGGAAAAGUAUUAAACUGUGAUAUGCAUUAGGCUUCAGCCUAAUCGCAGGAGGCAAAACGAUACUUAAAUAAUUUUAAAAAUGUGCAGCAUGUUUUUUGUCAUCUUAGACUAAGGUGUAGUAGGGAAAUACAGUUCAGUUACCUCUAUUCCUGCAAGAGGGUGCCAGUGAGCUCGAAAGCUCUAAAUGUGGGAUUCCUGCGUUAACUGCAGAAGUUACAUAACGCACAGACAUUCUCAUGAGAUUUCAGUAGACAUUGACUUGCAAUUAUACUUUUAAAAUCGUUGUUUUAUGUAUACACUAGCUGUACUACCCGGCUUCGCCCGGGACUUGUAUCCACCACGGCCGGCCGCCUUUGUCUCCCCAGUGGCGAUGUUAAUACGCUACAGCAGUUACUCGUUUUGCGGCUGAGUCCCUCCCUCACCACUCUCCCUCCCUCACCACUCUCCCUCCCUCACCACUCUCCCUCCCUCACCACUCACGCACGGCCGCCUUUGUCUCCCCAGUGGCGAUGUUAAUACGCCACACCAGUUACUCGUUUGAGGCUGAGUCGACCUAGGGGAGGUUCAAAUAAUCGUCACCGGUGGUGGCCGUGAGCGGGAAUGGAACUCGGUUCGCCGGGUUUGUAGCGCAGCGUAGCGUUAACCACUACACCCACCGCUCCUCACACACCACACACGCACAGACACACACACAGACACACACGCAGACACACACAGACAGACACACACACACACAGACACACAGACAGCACGCUAACCACUACACUACCGCUCCCCACACACCACACACGCACACACACAGAGACACACACAGACACACACACACAGACACAGACAGCACGCUAAGCACUACACUACCGUUCCCCCUACACAACACACGCGCGCGCGUCCAUAGGUACACAUACACGCGCUUGCUGCAGACACACGACUUUCAGGGUGCGUACGGCAGUAAACGACUGAAAUAAUAAAGCGGCAAUGCUGCGCAAGGAACGCCUUAGACCUGCAACACAUUUGUGUAAUGCGAGCGUAAACACACAAACACAUACAAACACAUACACACACAUACAUGCAGACACACAGACAGACACAUAACACACAUACAUAUACACACAUACAUACACAGAAAGACAUACACACACAUACAUAGACACACACAUACAUACACACAAGCACAUGCACACACGUUCAUACACACAUACAUACAGACACGCAGACAUACACAUAAAGACAUAGAAAAAAACCCACAUACAUACACACACACAUACACACAAACACAUACAUACAUACACACAUACAUAGAGACACACAGACAUACACAUAAACACAUACACACAUACACAUGACCCGGCUUCGCCCGGGACUUGGAUCCACGAUGCCCGGCCGCCCAUUUGUCUCCCCAGUGACGAUGUUCACACACGACAGCAGUUACGCGUUUGAGGCUGAGUGGACCUAGGGGAGGGCCAGGUCCGUUUCAAAUAAUCGUCAGCGGUGGUGGGCGUGAGUUGGAAUCGAACUGGGGUCGCUCAAGCAGCAUAAUGACUAUUUGUACAAAGAACAUAUAAAGAAUCGAUUAUAAUAACCAGGCUACAGUCCACAUUAUAGACUGCCAGUACACGCAGUCAGCUUCAUAAGCAGGCUAGAGUGUACAUGAUAGAGUGGCAGUACGCUCACCGAGCUUAAUAAGCAGGCUACAGUGUACAUGAUAGACUGGCAGUACGCUGACCCAGCUUAGUGACUAUUUGUACAGUGAACAUUUAAGUAAUCGAUUGUUGGCGCGUUGGGUUUAAAAGUAAUAUUAAUUGCACACAUUGUGGUGGGGGUGGAGUGAAGAGUAGGAAAAACUUUGAUGAAUUUACCUCAGAGUGGCGUGGUGGGUGUCGAGGCCUAGUAGCGUGCAGAGCCUGCGGCCUCGCCAAAAUUGGCCACCCGGCAGAGGCAGGGUACGGGUGGCGUUCCUUCCCCCCCCCACCUCAGCGCGCCAACAAUACUGUGUAAUGGCUAUUAUUUAAAUUUCGAUUUAAAGCUUUCGUGACUGCAGGGAUUCAUCUUCUUGGUUCUUUCGGUAAAGUCACGUAGAAGGGAAGUAAUAAAAUAAUAAAAAUAAAACAUAAUAAAACAAUUCUCAAAGAUACAUAAAGAAGAUACACCUCUUCGUCCCAUUGUCUCUACUAUCAACUCCCCCACUUACAAACUGGCUCGUUUUUUGUCCGAAAUCCUACGGCCUUUCACUGGAAAAACCACCUCUGCAGUACUAAACUCUACUGACCUGGUAUCGACAAUCAAGGGGAUUGCCCUGUCCCCAGACGACCUGCUUGUCAGUUUCGAUGUGGUUUCCUUGUUCACCAAGGUGCCUGUGCCUGACACCAUCGCAAUCAUUGAAGACUUGGUUCAUCAAGGACUGAAUGCUGGGGUACCCCCCCUGGUGAGACACUGCUUAACCAAUACAUACUUCACCUGGAAUGGAACCUUCUACAAGCAAAUUGAGGGCACCCCAAUGGGCUCCCCCCUAUCUCCGGUUGUAGCCAACAUCUUCAUGGAGAAAUUUGAGACGGACGCCAUCCAGACUGCCACUCUACGCCCGACCUUAUGGAAGAGGUACGUAGACGACACUUUUGUCAUCUGGCCACAUGGCCGGCCUACUCUAGACCAAUUUCUCGACCACAUCAAUUCCAUACACCCAGCCAUCAGAUUCACCAUGGAAGUCGAAAAUGAUGGCAAGCUACCCUUUUUGGAUGUCCUAAUCAAAAGGAGACCUGAUGGUUCAAUGAGCCAUUCUGUCUACAGGAAAGCCACCCACACGGAUGCUUAUCUAAAACCGGAUUCCCACCACCAUCCAUCCCAGAAGAAUUCCCUCAUCAAGACUCUAUAUCAUAGAGCCCAAUGCAUCUCCGACCAUGAACACAUUUCCAGUGAACUCAAACACGUACGCCAAGCUCUUAAGGCUAAUGGUUACUCCGACUACACAAUCCGCAAAGCCAUCACUCCAACCAUCAAGAAGGAUCCUGUUGAGGAGCCUUUCAAGACCAUCACCUUACCCUACAUUGCUGGGGUCACAAAAAAGAUCUCCAAAAUCCUGAUUAAACACAAGAUCCAGGUCCGAUUCAACACAGUACAUAAAAUCCGUGAUCUGGUCCCGUCUGUAAAAGAUGUGGUUCCAGACAUACAGUACCCUGGCGUCUACAAACUAAGUUGCCUCUGUGGUAGCAGUUACAUUGGAGAAACCAAACGACAUGUCUCGGACCGCAUCCGUGAACAUAAGGCAGACCUGAAACACGGUAGGACAAACACCUCAGCCGUGGCAGAUCACUGUUACAAUUCAGUGGGCUCACAUGACAUUGACUUCUCCAAGACAGAGUGAGAAUUGUUUUAUUAUGUUUUAUUUUUAUUAUUUUAUUACUUCCCUUCUACGGGGCUAUUAUUUAAUUAUUUACGGAGCCUAUGAAAGUGGCGAAGGCGUGGCUAGCCGUUGGCAGGGGCAACCGCCGUCCAAUGAAACUGCAGCCCUUGGCGAAGGCGUGGCUAGCCGUUGCCAGGUCCAAUGAAAGCGGCGAAGGCGUCGCUAGCCGUUGCCAGGGGCAACCGCCGUCCAAUGAAAGUGCGUAUGGUCCGAAAUCCACACACACACACACACAGACGGACAGACAGACAUUCACGAUUUUAUAUAUAUAGAUUACAAACAGUGGAAAACCGACAUUUUAUAACUUGGGCACCUCUACAUUUUGGGGGAAUUAACAUUUUAACGUUAUUAUAUUUCAACGUAUGUGGCUAUAAAGGUUUGUACCUGGAGAUGUUAACGUUAGGUAAAUUCAACUAUGCGAUUUACGGUAUGUGUAUUUUGGGUGUAUUCUGUUGAAAGUGCGCCACUGAUGCCACUAUACAGAAUGUUCUGUGUGUAUGUGUGGUAAAUGCACAAUAUUUAAUGUUGACCAAUUCCAGCGUACGUGUAUUCUCAAAAUAACGUUGGCGGAUAUACCAUGCCCUGCAUAUAAUGGUAAUUUUUUGGUGACCACGAAUAUUUUUUAUGAAGAAAAUCACACUCUUGAUGUAAACACAUUCAACACCGCGCAAGACAAUAGUGAUGUGUUGCUUGCUGCAUCUUUACGUUACGCAGAACCAUAACGAAUCGGGUAAUCCCAUUGUAGUACUGCACUGCACAUUCGCUACUUGCAUUGCAUUGUAUGUUCCAAAAAUGCCUGUUUUUUGUAGUGGCAUCAGUACAGUGACCCUUCUCUAUUCGCGAGUUCUGGAUUCUUGAGUUUUGAUGAUUCGCAAGUUACUAAAUGUAUACUAAUUCCUAUUUGCGACUCGCCGGACUCCAGUAUUUACGAGCAUACGUAGUCAGACCACCGACACUGGGGAGGUGCGCGCAGAAUCUAGUGAAACUGCCAAGAUUAAAAACGUAACCCUCGCGGAUAGAAAGGGUUUUAUUGUACUAUAUUUUAUAAUGAAAUUCAAACAACAUUACAAGCUUUUUGGAAUAAACUAAUAUGUGGCCUAAACCAAAACUUACAUGGAUCAUGGUUUUUGUUGUGAAAAACACAUGUUUUAAAUCAACAUUACAAGCUAUAAAGCGGCAUUUGUGGAAAUUUCUGUUUGCAAGGAAAAUGUAUACACAGGGGCACCCAACCACUGAAUUAUCAUGGAGUUUAGAGGACACACCAUCCAAGAGC